AUGUCGCGUAGUGAGAUUCGUCGCGCAAUCACUUCCUUCGACCAGUCACCACUCGUGUCGACGUCGCUGUCUGUCUCCCACUCUCCCUAUUGGCCUGCUGCAUGUUCGGUUGAAGCGUUGAAGCCUGAAGCUUUGAAGGUGCCUUCGAGCUUCCAAGAGUUCCAGGGUGAUGUUUCAGGGUCUCUGGUGGAGUUUGACAGGGCAAUUGAGUUGGACCCUCGUCAAAAGGCGUAUCUUUGGCAAAGGGGCCUCUCCCUUUACUACCUUGAUAGAUUUGAAGAAGGAGCUGAGCAGUUUCGGCUAGAUGUUGCACAAAAUCCGAAUAAUACCGAAGAGUCCAUAUGGUGCUUUCUCUGUGAAGCUCAACUGUAUGGAGUGGAUGAAGCACGAAAGCAAUAUCUUGAGUACUUUUAA